AGCCCCAUCACCGUCAUGGCGGCGGCGCUAUCCCUCCUCCCGCGCGCGGCGGCCGUCCGCCUCGUCGCGCCGCGUGGCCUCGCAUCCGCGUCCCGCCUUCUCUGCGCCGCGGCGGCCGGGGCGCCGUCGAAUUCGCCCGCAGCCCCGCGGAGGCUGGUGCUCUACACGAAGCCCGGGUGCUGCCUCUGCGACGGCCUCAAGGAGAAGCUCCACGCCGCCACUCUUCUCGCCGGCACCCCCUACUCGCUCGCCUCCCUCGAGCUCCAGGAGAGGGACAUCACGACGGAUCCAGAGUGGGAGCGGCUCUACCAGUACGAGAUCCCGGUGCUCGCCAAGGUGCUUCCGGACGGCACCGAGGAAAUAGUACCCAGACUAUCUCCCAGGCUAAGUGUGGAGCUCAUACAAAAGAAAGUAUCUAGCGUGUUUGAUCAGUAAGGAUAUAUAUACUUUCUCAAAGG